AAGAUGUGUAACGUGGUUAAUCUAACAUAGCGUCCUUUGUAACGCUUGUAUACCAACGCUGCUAAAGCAAAAGUCCUUUUACUGAGUCUAUGUCGUUACUAUGGCUUGUACACCUGCUUCUGUCCACAAGGGACAUACUGCGAAAGUAACAGAUGUCACGUUGACCAGUUUACCUGGUGUAGACAGCGAGAGUGAGGUGUGUGACACACACCGUAACAGCAAUAAGCCAGGUUUUUCAAAAUGCGUUCGUCUGGCUAUGCUCUACGACCGUCUGUUAUGCGAGGCCUCCAAGGAUGAUGCUUGGAAAUUUAACAUUACGGAGAUAUCAUAUGAGUUACCCCGUGGUAAGAUAGCUAAGUCUCUGUAUGACCUGGAGCAGUACCUCAACGAUCUAGAGGUUACUUCAAGGGUCACACACAGUAAUUUGGAUGCUAUAACCUCUAGCUUAUGCGUAUAUGUGCUGGAGUUCUUUCUUGAAGCUGAAUGGCUAUGUCUUUCUAAGGGAUUCUCUUCAGCGUGCGUUAGCUUGCUGCGUACAUUGGAUACUGGCGUGUUGUCUAUUACCGUGGAUAGUCACGUAUCGCAUUUAGUGGCAUCAGAUUGUACUUUAACUAUACAUCGGAGGAUAUCGGAUCUGCAUGCUCUAGCGGAGUGUGACGAUAUUCUUUGUUUGCUUGGUGAUGACGCAGUGAUAGCUUUUGUUGGUUUGCUCAACACCAUUGGUCUUGACACUCAUGACCAAGUUGGCGAUUCCAAUUUAGUGACUGUAAGUGACAAUGUGAGUUACCAAAAAAGUAGGAUUUUAGCGUUGAAAGGUUUGAACCUGUUACUUUUCCACCGUGGACCCCGUAAUGCCCCCGUUUGUACAGAUCGCAUUGACAUUGAAUGUAUUGAUGCAUUUUUAUGCAAACUUUUGUUGGUAUUCUGUGAUCAGACUGCAGAUCGUGACGUUUUGUGCCAGUGUGGCGCUACUUUAAUUGGUCUUCUGUAUGCUGUCUAUUAUGUGGAUAAGAUCGAGGCUUACCAAUCGGGGAUAUUGAGGUACCUGGGAUCUUAUGAUCGCAUUUUGUCCGUCUUUACGGGUAAUGAGAGUGGCUGCCUGUCUUCUACGGACAGAUCAAUUGAAAGUUGCAACUUUGGCAACCCGGAUGAGCUCUUUACCCUAAUGGUAUCUUUGCCUAGCAUGGGUCAUCUUUCUGUUAUCCGUGGCAUAUUGACGUUUGUAUACAGCUUUUACGGCAAGGAUUUCCAGGAUAAUUCCAUUGAGGACCUUGGUGUAAAGGAUAAUUUUGUUGUACAAUGCCUGCGUUUAUCUUUUACUAUAUUCAAGAGUGCCACUGAUAAUUGUUUACGGGUUGACGUUAACUAUUCUACUCUACAGGGUCUCCAGUUAUUUAUGUCUUUUAUCACCCACAAAUCAUUCCACAACCAUGCUAUUUUCGCCUGUUUGGAAGAGAUGCCCUCUUUGAUACUUACCUACUGGACUCGUAAGGUUAGGCGUAUAUCCAAUUUGGCGGUAUGUACUUGGUCAAAACUUAUGGAGAUUACAUUUUCUUUAUUAGCUGAAUAUAGUGAUCACGUUGUGUUGGAGUACAGUCGCAUGUUGGUAUCAACUGUGACCGAUGCCUUCAGUGGUAAUCUAAAGCUUCGUUAUCUUGGAUUCCAGAAUGUGUUGAAGUGUGUUGGACCAGAGGAAGUUUUGCGUUUACAGCCGUUUUUGAUUCCCCAUCUUAUCGAUUCUCUUACGAUAGCUUCAAUCAAGGGUUCGGCUAUCGUUUUGCUUACUGAGUUGGUGCAGCGCAUAUAUGAUAAAGCUCGUUUCCUAUGCACAGAGCGUGGUGUUGACGUUGCUUUAAUUGUAACUCAAUGUUUGUUGUACCCUUGUAUGAUUGCUGUUAUGCAUUGCAAGCAGCUUGUUGUUAAGGACAGAUCACAUGGCCACUUGAUUCCCCAACAGAACGUAUCUAGGGAGCAGUUAGAUACUAGGUCAUAUGCCUUGGCUGAGUCAUUCAAGAAUAUAUUCAGACGUAUCGACAAAGACUACGUCUGCGAGAUGUUAAGGCUGUCUACUACCUUUAGUCAGUGUACCUUUUAUCAAUACUUGGUAGACCAAGAUCGUGAGCUUUUACAAAAUGGAAACAGCUUUUUGUUAAAGGGACACUUCAGUUUGGUUGAUGACAUGGUCGCUUUGAUUGAUCGUAUUUGCACUGUAUCGGAGCCUGAAACUGUUGAUCACAUCAUACCUCUCGAGGCACCGUUCCAUUUUACAGAGAGCAUCUGUCUUUGGAAUGCUCGUUCUUUGAAUAGAGUAAACUUUGUUGACACUGUUGUUGACGGUACUCCACUAAAGGGUGCCCUCAUUGUUGACUCCUUGGGUUCAUUCAAGUUUGACGUUACGACUUUAUCUUCUCACACUCAGGUGCGGCUCUUUUACAUCCCACUGGCUAAGCUUAAGGAGGGUCUUUUAAGUUUAAACAGUGACAUAUCCAUCAACGUACUAAAGGCUGUCGCUUGCUGCCCGAAGACACGGCAACCAUUGGAGAAGAUUGAAUUGGAGCUUAUGCUCUUUGCAUUACACCAUUGCCUAAAGACUUCCAUACCUUCAUAUCGCCAGCAUUUUGUAGCAGCCAUCAAGCCAUUCAUGCGUCGUCUUCUAUCCAUAGUAACGUUUAAUUUGGACAUGCUGAGGCGGGCAUUGGAGUUUGAUUUUGGAAUGGUAUCGUUGGGCCAGGAUGGAUUCAGCGUCAUUGACAUCCAUGUGAAUCCCGAUGAUCCUGACGAUGCAUUUGGAAAUCUUGUGCGUCACUGCGGCUAUUUUAUGUUGGUGCUUAAAACCCUUACCAAUACCUUGAAUCCAUGUACCAGUGACUUUAGGAACACCACUGCUUUGGAGGUGUUGCAUAUAACAUUACAGAUGCUUGCAGAGGAUAUGCCAUCAGCUUUGGAGCUAUUGCACCCGUUCUUUGAUGAUUUGGUGGUACCUAUGUUCACCUCCCUGUUUUACAUGUCUACCCGUCAGCAGGAUUUGAUACUGAAGUCGUUACUACUGUUUCCCAGUGGGUAUGUAUCAGGUACAUUGUCAAAGGAUGGUGAAGAUAACCUGAAAUCCUUGUCUAUUCGUGCAGCAUCAUGUUUAUGGAGUGUUAAAUCUACACCUUACAUUUCUGGCGCCAAGGCGCUAACUUUACUCCUCUUUGGUUUAGAUGCCAAUGAUAAUACGAAGACUGCCCUUUCGCGGUUUGAUUUGUUAUCUGCCAUUAUGAUGUCAAAGGGCACAUCAACUGUGGUAGACUAUAAUGUAGUAUUGCUUGUGCUAGGCUGCUUUAAGCAUCACCUCGAGUGCUUCAUGACUAGGUUGGCCACCAGCGUUGACGUUUUACAUCCUGAGUUGGCCUCGUCGCCUGCUGGAUUAUUAUCGUUGAUAUCUCACUACAUGGAUGCUAUACCUCCUAGUGUAUACUGCAAGGUUGUGGAUCACUUUGCUUUCGAGGGUCUAUUCAUAGGGUUAUACGGUGCCAUAAAGGAUAUUUGCAACCACAUAUUGAAGUACGUCGGUCAUGAGAGUGAAGAUGCGGUUCGCGAUUCUAAAGAUUAUCAGAUAGACUGUCGGGGUCACUUGAUAACCCGUUACGGUGACCAUAGUUACGAAUUUAUAAGCGAUUACGAGAACUUAUACAUUGACUGCUGCUUAUGUUCUGAUGGUUUCGAAUGCACCAAGAUAAAGAUGAAGGCCACACCUAAGUGUUCAGUUCCUGAUGACAGUAACUUAAGACCCUUUACAGUUUUAUGCUGGAAGACUAUUUACGAAUGCACUGGAGCUAUGCGUUCAGUAUUGCAGUGGAUUCUUCCGCAGAGUGUAAACGGCUCGAUUGCUUUGGAAACUGUACGUAACGAGUUAAUUGUUGAGCCUGGUGCUAACGUUAAGAUGCUCUAUGAUAUAACUAAUGACCUAGGUCGAUACAUAAUAGCAGCGCUGAUGAAAUGUCGACACUUUGGUUGUACUGAUGCUUUGGCUGACCUCUUGACUUGGAUCUGUCGUAAGCUAGUAAUAAUUGGUCUUCAGCGUUGUUUGAAGGAAUGGCUUUUCAUAUUGCUUGAGCAGUUGAAGGGCCACACCGUUGCUGAUGAACAGUGGAAUGAGAUAUUCACCAUGCUUCGUGAUUCACAUCGUCGUUCCGAACCUAUUGCUCGUGCCUUUACAUCAAUUCUGAAAUCCGAGAGUGACCGCCACAAGCCUGUAUUGUUACCCUUUGCUGUGGAUACCUUAUUGAAUCUAUGCAAGACUGAACCCACAUGGUUUGACACUCGUGAUCGCAGUUUCACUGACGUUGACAUUCGCAUUCACUCACUCAACAUUUUAUGUGCGUUGUUCCGUUGCAAGGAAUUACGUUGGUCGAACAAUAUCCAUGCUGGUGAUGCGCUAUGCGCUAGUUUGUGUAACAUGUCGCAUGGUGACUGGUCAGUCCGCAAUUCGGCGGCUUUGUUAUUUUCAUCGGUAUUACACCACAUUACUGGUAGUGAAGUGAAUGUAGCUUCCACUGACGCUCUACUUGACCAGAAGCUUACUCUGUGUCACAAUGCUGCAUUAUCCAAUGAGCUCAACAGGAUUCUACUUGAUAUAAAGCGCAUGACGGUGGACAGUUCUGAAAGCUAUGAAAAUUUGAACCCGGUUCCCGAGUAUGCUGCACUUUACCAGAGCUCUGCUUUUGUAUUUAACUUUUUGAUACGCAUCCCCUUAUACACGUUCCCGGGCGAUGUUGCGUGCCAGCUGACUCAGAACAUCGGGUCAAUACUGUACUCGACUAAUGCUUCCAUUAGGAUAAUGUCAGCCAAGCUGUUGGCUAAGAACUCUGCCGAUACAUCAGAGUCCAGCGUUGCCGACUUGUUGUUGAAGACUUGCCGUAGUUUAGUAUCCACCAGGGGUGGUAGCAACUGUGUUAAUGGCAAUUUGAUGUUAAUCACCGAGUGUCUUGAUCUCAUGAUUGACAAUGGCUUUGAUGGUAUAAUGAUGCGUGUCAGUGACUAUACUCCGUGUAUAGUUUACAUCCGUUCCAUCGCAUCAAUGUUAUUGGCUAACCAUCUGAGUGAGGUGGAGUCACUGGUUCUUGCUCAACCGUUAUCGGGAGCUUUACUGCUGACUAUGUACAUAGUUACUAUAACUGCCAACUGUUUUGAGAAUGUGGUCCAGGCAAUUAAGAUACUUGAGCGUUUGUGCUUACUCCAGGCCGGGGUCACGAGUUUAGGAGCUCUGCUGUUAAAGAUUGAUCAGGUGACGUCUUCUGCCUAUCAUGGUUUAGUGGAGUCCUGUAAAAUAUUAGCGUUGAUUUCAUCCUAUGUUCUUGGCGACAAGGUCCUAGACAGAGUUCGUUCAUUCAUGGGUAUAGAUGCUGAGAUGGUACCACUCACCAACCCCAAUCUCAUGUUGAUGUUAAUGCAUUACAGGCGCAUCCGGGAGGAUGAUACCGUGAAAUUGCGUGCUGCAAGCUCUCUCGUUGACUCUAUGUUCCUGUUACAUAACUUUGGCAGUGCUACAUCAAGCACGUUAAGUUACGAUGACUUUACCACAUUCUUGUUGAAACAUCUAAGCGGCAUUGAAGCCCGUCAUCGUGUACUCCAGGCAGCGUUGGAGCGUGUUGUUUACUAUUUGGAUAACCCCGCGGUGGCGAGUUGCGGCACUGGCCAGUUGCUAUCACUGUGGCAUCUCGGAAUAGAAAUACUUGGCCACGUUCCUCCGUUCUAUGUUUGUACUGUUGUUGUCAGUCUGUUCAAUGCUAUUGGUCGUCGUCUAUUGCAGGGUGGUUUACCUUGCGGAACUCAAUUCUUUAACCAGCAGUGGUCGGCGUCUUUCAUAGCAUUGAUAACGGAACGUUUGUUGUACAAUUCUGAUUUUUUCAUCCAAGUUUGGACAUGUUGUCAUUUGUAUGCUUUGUUAAAACACGGCGACUCUGAUAUUGAUUCGCGUGUUCUGUCUAUGGGUGCUGGUCUUCUGCUAAAGGCGGUAGACCCUGGCACUGAUAUUGUCAUUAGGAUGCCAGUAGCGGUUGUUCUGCGUGAUAUUGGCAUAUGUUCUCCUCGUGGUGGUCGUUAUUGCCAGGAUGCCAUUGGAAUGUAUGUAACCCACGUUCUGAUGGCCAUGUUAGUGUUGUUACAGGAUGACAAUGAGGAGUUGCGCGCUGUAGCUACGAUGUCAGGUGCUCGUAUAGUAGCAUCUGAUGGGUCAUGUCGGGUUUCCCAUAUGAAAUCUGAUGUAUUUAUACAGCGGCUGCUGGAGUUUGCUCUGGCAUCUCUGCCACCUCAGUGGCUUGUAAGGUUGCUUCAACAGUUGACGAUGCUUUCGCCAGACAUUUACAAAACUGUUGAUUACAGGCUGGAGCGUGCUCGUAUGGAUGCCUCUAGUGGCGACAUACGGUUGACCACGGCAGUUAUAUCCCCUCUUCCUGAUAAUAUGGACACUUUGGCUGAGAUGGAUACAGUGUUUAAUGUGGAGCCCCAAAACAUGUACACUGAGACCUUGGUGUACAUGGUGAGCGUUGACAGGUUACUUUGCAAGAUACUGGGCGAGUUGAAUUGUGAAGAUUUACGCGGUGAUGCCGUGGAGGCAUUGCGUGACUUCGCGAAUACGAGCUCACAGCAGAUAAUGCAUACACUGGUCGACCACGUAUCAAAGAAUUACGAGGUUGAUAUAGAAAGCAUACAACAAAAACCUUAUGCGGUAUUGGCGACUGAUCAGUUGGUCGUCACCUGUGCAAUAGCAGGCUUUAUCCGAUCGUCGAUAUAUGCUAUUUGGCCCCGCGUAAGUAGCGCCAGUGAUUAUCCAGGCGCUGAAAUCGCCUUAGAGCGAGUGUCGAUCUUCCGUGUAGUACUUUCGGUAGUAGCCUCCACCUGGGAUAGACAUGUGGAAAGUGCCUACGUUUCUGUAAUCCGCGCGGCAGGGUCAGAUUCAUGCGACACCAAUGUUAUCCGUGAAUCGCUGGUCAAAAUAGACCAAAUUCUAAACUUGUUCUAGUAA